CCAAGAAAAGAAAAGGAAAAAUAAAACGGAUAAAUGAAGCGCAACUCUCUCCCGACUCUCUCCCUCACCGUCACCGCUUCUCCUCUCCCCUGGGCAUCAUUGAUUGCGAAGUUAACUCACUCUUCCUACCAAUCUUUUUGUGGGAACAGUAAAUAUGUUAAAAAGCUUAGCUUCUGGGUUAUGUUUGUAAUGGAUUACGGCCGCGAAACUGGGUUUUCUCCAAGCAAUGUUGUUCAAAUACUUACUGGACCCCAAAGCAAUAAUGAUGUUCCUGAGAAUUGGGAUUCAGGGGUGGCUGACCAGGGAGUUUGGGCAACUGAAGAUGAUUAUUGUACAUGGAAUAGAGAAGCUUCUGUUGAUACUACUUCUAAUUCCAAUUAUGAUGGAAGGCAAUCGCAAACUCGGUCUGGAAGUGAACCACCGAAUAAGAAGUCAAGAAACUCCCAAGUAAGUGAUAGUCGAUCAAAGGCAAUUGGAAAGAUGUUUUUCAAAACCAAACGUUGCUGCAAAUUCCGAGCUGGAACUUGCCCAUAUAUCACCAACUGCAAUUUUGCGCAUAGUACUGAAGAACUUAGAAGCCCACCUUCCAAUUGGCAAGAAAUCGUGGCAGCCUGCGAGGAUGAACGAGCUGUAUCAUCUGAGCAGAGGGUGGCAUUCCAGAUUCCAACACUUGAGUCCUCUGCUUUUGUUGGGGAGACUCCGAGGUCAUAUAAAGGUCGACAUUGCAAGAAAUUUUAUACUGAAGAGGGCUGCCCAUAUGGAGAUAACUGCACUUUUCUUCACGAUGAGCAAUCAAAAGCUCGAGAGAGUGUGGCAAUAAGUUUGGGUCCUGGAAGUGGUCGUGAAUAUGCGGGCAAUGCCAAUGGAUCUAAUGUGAAACCUUCCAAUUGGAAAACCAGGAUUUGCAACAAGUGGGAGUUAACAGGGUACUGCCCAUUUGGAAGCAAAUGUCAUUUUGCUCAUGGGGCUCAAGGGGCGAUGUUGGCAGUUCUAACUGCUGUUGCAUCCAUUGAUAGUGAAUCCUAAAACCUAGAGUCCAAUAGGUGCAUGAAAGUGAUGAAACAAGAUUUAAACCCAUGACCAUACGUGAAGAGAAUCCCUGAGAAGAAAGCUUAACCUGGUUGGUCAACUAUCUUGGUCCGAAGUCCUUUUGUUAAAUUAUUGUACUAUUUUUCGUUUUUCUUUUUCUCAUUUAUUUUUAAGUGGUGAAUUUUAUAUUAAGAAGUGCCACGGGAACACAAAGAAAGAUGGAAGAGAGGUAGAAAACUAAGGAAGAAGCAUAGAACAAAAUAAAAAUAACCUAAAAUGAAGGUGGCCGCCCAAAAAACAAGAGUGGCAGUCACCAACAAACCCUAACUCCCCCAAAAGAUUGGAAUUUCCUCUUCUUAGCUUUCAUCUUAUAUAUCAUGAAAUCAAGCAAAAUUUUUGUUAUAAUCAUAUCUUCUUCAAAAUUUAAAAAUAUAUAUAUGUAAAUAUAUUCUGUCAAUGCCAUUUAUUUGGCCUUCUUAAUAUAUAGAGUCUUAGUUUUCUGUUUUUCCUUGUCUUAGAGUUGCAUCGUUAUGGUGGGGGACCUGCAGAGGCAGACUCUCGAGAUUCUGUUUCUGCUCCUCAGGAGGUAAAGCAGGGGGUUAUCACUUCUAAAACUCCGGCAGAUGCUGCUGUUGCGCCUAUCACUUCAGUUCCUCAUUCGGA